GUUUGUUUUAGAAGUUGCUGCGAGGGCCAACCUCGUGUGUUUUCGAAAGGGCUUGGGGGGCUGCUAGAAAGAGCUGGGAAGGGGAGGAGGGCCGGGCCAAGGGGAAGGGCUAUCUGGCUCGGAUUUGGAAGAAGAGAGAGCCGAGCCGCUGUGUUGUGUCUCACAAAGGAAAACCGGAGCCCCCUGCAGCUUCUGCCACCUGGCGCUGGGGAGCAAGAGGCCAAGGAAGGUCAGCCAUUCAUUCUUCCCGGCAGCCUCUGCCCCCCAAGCCUGCGUGGGGAAUCUCCUGGAAACAUGUGGAGGAUUCUCCUUCUCCAAGUGUUGGGUACCCUGCUGGCAACCGUCUGGGUCGAGGGCAGCCAGCGGAGGGCGGUAGAGGGAGGUCUCCGCCGGCGGUCCCACCGGGUCCAGCACGGGCGCUGCAGUUACACCUUCGUCCUGCCAGAGGCCGACUUGCCCCCCUGCCGGCAUCCCGGGGAAACCUUCGAUGUCAACACCCUCCAGCAGGACGCCCCCCUCGGCUCUCUGCUGCGGACCGUGGCUGACCACUCUCUGCAGAGAGUCCAGCAACUGGAGAGGGUCUUGGAGAACAACACCCAGUGGCUGCUGAAGCUGGAGAGCUACGUCCAGAUGACUAUGAAGUCGGAGAUGGUGCAGAUCCAGCAGAACGUGGUUCAGAACCAGACAGCCACCAUGUUGGAGAUCGGGACGCACCUCUUGAACCAGACAGCCGAGCAGACCAGGAAGCUGACUGACGUGGAGGCUCAGGUGUUCAAUCAGACUUCCCGCAUUGAGAUCCAACUCCUGGAGAAUUCGCUGUCCACCAACAAGUUGGAGACGCAGCUCCUGCUGCAGACCACCGAGAUCCAGAAGCUGCAGGGUCGAAACAGUCUGUCCCUCUGCAACUCAGGUUGGUGGUUCGAUGCUUGUGGACUCUCCAAUCUGAACGGCAUCUACUACCCGGCAGGACACAACUUCCGAAAGCUGAAUGGCAUCCGGUGGCAUUAUUUCCAAGGGCCCGGCUACUCCUUAAAAAGCACCUGGAUGAUGAUCCGGCCGUCCGGUGGGCACGAAGGGGCAUAGUUGGCCACGCCCACCACCACAGUCCAGUUCCUUGGAGCUGUCUUAGGCUUCUGCCAGGGGCAGCCGAGCCACAGCCGACGCCGCUGGAAUGAGGCUCCGGGGAGGGAGGCCAGGAAUUCGUCAUGGGUAAAGAGAACGCAAGACUCUUUUCAAAGAUAACCUUCAGUUUGCUCUCGGACUGGCAAAGAAAGGCAGAAGGGAGAAACUGUCCUGUAUGUUAAAGGGAAAAAAAUCUGACUUUGGGGGCAAGAGGGAAAUGUACCAUAUUAGCCAGCUAACAAAAUAUCAGAAACAAAAGCCCGUGGACUUUUCUGCAUGAAUUGUUUACAACAUAUCUUGCUGCCAAAUGCUACUUUCCCUCCUUUGGAUUCUGCACCUUUCCCCCUCUCUUUGGUCCCGGAAAUGUUUCCCUUUUAUUUUUCCCUGCAUUGUUUCCUGAGCGCUUUUACCAUGAUUUUUUUGACACAUUUGACACAUUUCCAAGCUAGCUUCCCUUCAGCAUGCCCUCAUGUUGAAACAAUCUUUAUUUCUCCGCCCUACCAAUGCCUGGCCCUUAUCCACACCCCUGUGGAUAAGGAGCAGCAGUGGCGUAGGAGGUUAAGAGCUCGUGUAUCUAACCUGGAGGAACCGGGUUUGAUUCCCAGCUCUGCCGCCUGAG